UGCCGGCUUGAUUAAAGAAACGACUUAAGAAUCAGUAAAAAUGUCACUUAACAGUGAAAACGUCAUAAAAUCGUUGAACAUAUCAGCUUCUUAUGAAUCUCAAAGUCUUAAUGAGGUAAAAGAAAAAUUCAAAGAAAGGAUAAGAACAUUUGUUGAUGGUCAGAAAUGGGUGAGAAGACCCCUAGUAUUAUCACCUGACAUAUGUUCUCAGUAUGGAUGGAAAUGUGUGAAAUCAGAUCUGCUACAGUGUGUAACAUGUUCAGCUAAACUAUGCACACAUGAGCCUAACAUGGAAAAUAUUCAAGCAUAUGAAGAGUGCAUAAGGAAAAUUUUGACAGAUUUGAAAGAUUGCCAUAGGAAGUACUGCCCGUGGCCUAUAACUCCAUGUCCUGAAACGUUUGUUAGAAUGACAGCUUUGCCAAAAGAAGAUGCAUUAAACCAAUUUAUUCAAAAAGUAAAAUCAUGCUUGACUUUUAAAGAUUUUCUGCCUGAAAUUGCAAAAACAGCUACAUCUGAUUUGUUUUAUUAUAUAUUGAAUUGA